UGCUGUUCGCGCGCUCGCGCGGGUCGGCCAUUCAAGCUGGCCCAUCGGUAUCGGUGGUGACGAAGACGACGACAACAGCAAGCGGGCCGGAAACCAUCGCGGCACAACCGAACGGCUCGCGGUUGAUAAUCUUUUUUCGCACCGACCGUCAGUAAAACGGACGCGACCGGUGUGGCAGGGUUUCAGUGCCCGGUUGGAUGCCUUUCCUCGAUCAACUUGUACCCUUGGUGCGGUGUAGUACUGUGAUUUGAAGUCAACCAUCGGUUGUUGUUGCUGGUUCUCUAGUUGCAGUGUGCAGAUCUUUAUCGGCUAUCCCAUCGGUGGCCAUACGGUGUGUUGGUUGUGCCCGGUGUAGUACUUGCACGGACGUGAUCUGCAAUAAACACACGCAACUACGGUGGAACGACGAGUCAAAAGGCGCGCGACGCAAUGUCCAAGUUCGUGGUGAACAAUGUGGCCGGUGAAUCGGGCCGCAAGCUGCCGCAGUACAUUGCCGGACUGGCUGCGUCCGGCGGUGCGCUGGCCGCCGGUACGUUUCUCGGCUGGACCGCUCCGACCGACAAACCGCUGACGGAGAAGGGCGAAUAUGGGUUCCCGAUCUCGGACGAGGCGUUCUCGUGGAUCGGUUCGAUCUCGAACCUCGGUGCGGCCAUGAUGUGCUUCCCGAUCGGGUACAUGAUGAAGGUGAUUGGCCGCAAAUGGUCCAUGCUGUCGAUGGUGUUACCGCUCGUGCUUGGCUGGCUGCUGAUUAUCUUCGCCGAGAACGUGGCCAUGAUGAUGGUCGGUCGGUUCUUCCUCGGCGUCGGUGGCGGUGCGUUCUGUGUGGCGGCCCCAACCUACACGGCCGAAAUCGCGCAACCGUCCAUCCGCGGUACGCUCGGUACAUUUUUCCAGCUGAUGGUAACGGUUGGCAUCCUGUUCGUGUAUGCGGUCGGUGCCGGGGUGGACGUGCAGGUGCUCAGUAUCAUCUGCGGCGUGAUACCGCUAGCAUUCGGCGUCAUCUUCUUCUUCAUGCCCGAGAGUCCGUACUAUUUCGUGGAAAAGGGACGCUACAGUGAAGCAUCGAGCUCGCUGAAAUGGCUCCGUGGCGCACAGUACGAUGAGGCGGCCGAAAUUGAGGACUUGAAGCAGGCGGACGAGAAGGUGAAGGCGGAAGCGAUCCCGAUGCUGGUUGCGUUCCGGCAAAAGGCAACGAUCCGUGCGUUGAUCAUCUCGCUCGGGCUAAUGUUGUUCCAGCAGCUGUCCGGUAUCAAUGCGGUCAUCUUCUACAAUUCGGCCAUCUUCGCCAGCGCCAACGGCGGCAAUGAGAUGAGCUCGGCUUCCAUCAUCGUCGGUGGUAUACAGGUGGUGGCCACGCUGCUCGCGUCCGCCGUGGUGGAUAAGGUCGGCCGACGUAUUCUGCUGCUCGUGUCCGAUUUUAUGAUGGCCGUUUCGACGAUCAUGCUGGCAGUUUAUUUCCAGCUCAAGCAGGACGACCCAUCGAAGGUGGAUGAUUUGAGCUGGUUGGCGGUGCUGGCCGUCUGUUUGUUCAUCGCCAUGUUCUCGAUCGGUUACGGACCCGUCCCGUGGCUGAUGGUGGGCGAACUGUUCGCAAACAACGUGAAAACCUUCGCUAGCCCGAUUGCGGGUGUGUUCAACUGGCUGCUUGCCUUCCUGGUGACGAAGGUUUUCACCAACCUGAAGGACGCGAUGGGCGAAGCGGGCGUAUUUUGGCUCUUCUCUGGUAUCUCGCUUCUCGGCACGGUGUUCGUGUUUGUGAUGGUACCGGAAACGAAGGGCAAAUCGCUGAACGACAUCCAACGGUUACUGGCCGGCGAGAAGCUUAGCACCGAACAGAACGGAACAGAGGCCCGGGAAGAUGAACGGGAACCGCCGAUAGCAUAAGACUGUACACGAGCCCAUUAAUGCGGUGUCUCCAGCGAAACACUAUUGUUUAUAGAAUCCGGAAAGGAUGUUUUGUUUGUUUUGUGUAGUAAACACACAUACACACACGACGUGCGGUUUAACAUUUUUUUUCGUAGCUUGCGAACGUCGUGCUCUGUCGAUGUGAUAAAACGGCAACUGUUUUUGGGUGCAGGACAGGGUUCGCAACGGAAUCGGUCCGCAGGCAACGCAAUGCCAUUGUAAAAGAAGCGGCUGGCAACCGGUCGCAAAUGUUCAGCAAUGACUGUAUUGAAUAGCUAGGGAAGCCACUAGGGAAGAUACGUAUCAAUUAUAUUGAGAGUGUAUGUUAGCAAACAGAAACAGUGUAAUUUAAAGCAACAUUCUGCAUUAGAAAUAGUGGACGAAAAUAGGAAGUAAUAAUAUUUUUCACGAUCACGA